AUGGAAGGACAAGUCGGCACGGAUGCUCUGCAGCUGAUGGCUGAGAUGCUGAGGAUCUUCGUUGUGGAGGCGGCUGUGCGUGGGGUGCGGCAGGCCCAGGCUGAGGACCUCCCCUGCGUGGACGUGGACCAGCUGGAGAAGGUGCUCCCUCAGCUGCUUCUGGACUUCUAGAGAGCUGCCCUGCACACCAGGCUACCUGUCCAUCACCGACCAGCCACCUGCCACCCAGGUCCUGUGGUCAGCCAGCCACCAGUCUGGGGAAUGGCAGGUGCCCCCUUUGUGGUUGCUUUGUGGGCGCCCCCUCAAGGUUGCUGAGGGGCUGUGCUCAGGGAACCAGGGUCCUGGGCGCAGACCUAGUACUGCCACUUGUCGGUCCCCAGAGCUGUAAAGCGUUCCCUACCCCUGUGGUCUUAACUAAGCUUCUUCCCAUAAAGCAGCUUCCCUGUUGUCUGUUGCCAUUACAGCACUGCCCCGCACCCACCCCCACUCAGAAUGAGGAUGCAGUCACACCAA